UGUUCAUUCCUUGCCGUCAUCGGCACUCUGGUUAUUGAUGAGAACUUGAUUCUUUGUAAAACAUCGUGAACUAAUCUUUAUACAAGUAACUCCGCACCAGCAACAAUAUGUGCCAUGUCAUGCAUGCACUGCAUGUCCAAUCUCAAACGCGUGUCCCAAAUAAGAUGUUUUAAGUACAUAAAUGGUCGUUUGAGUGAGUGAGUGGUGGUCCAUCCAUGCCUGUGCUCCUUUCCGCCAGGCCACUCACUCAUGUACUCGUUGUAUGCUGUAGAUACUCGGUUUACUCACCCCCAUGGGAAUUCUUUCUACGACCCACAUGACAUGACAGACCGAACACGAGUCUGGUAAUAACACCUGCUUCGACUCGUUAUCUGUCUUCUUCCUCCUCGGGCUGGCCACCAACAGAAAGACCCUGGUUUGGUGGGUGUCAUGGUUCCACCAGUUAUGUGUGCCAAAAUGUGGAACAUACCCAUGCAUAGAUUGGACUGUCGUCUACGCAAAGAAGCGAGAAGAGGAAAGUCCCAAUACUGACUAAACAAAUUGGACGGCCUUUAAAGUGUGGUGAUGGUGUUUAUUGUUGCAAUCAACCAACAUGUUAGUCAAACCAUUUAGUGCGAUCGAGAGCCAGUGAAAGUAAUCAUGGCCUGAGACUGGCGUGGUUCAUCAUGAAUUGUUAUGAUGCCUUUGACGAUAUCAUAUCCGAUUUUAAAGGCCUUCUCAAGCACAAGCGACGAACUCUCGGCCAAUUGGAGGAGAAAUUCACUUUGACCAUCAGAGACGACCAAGAGCUGAUUCAUCGGUUGGAAAAACAAAUAUCUCAGCUCAAAGCGGACUUGGCCCUUGAGCAAGCCAAGAGAGUGCCCUAUUUGUGUGCCAAGUGUCGGAAGCCUCUGGUUCAUGAGCAAUAUUCUCAAGCCGUCAAUGCAGGCCUGGAUGAUUGCAACUAUCCCAGAAAAUGGCUCACACCCACCACUAAUCUACCUUGUGUUAGUCCCAUUUGGGGCAAAUCUCCCUCACCAUUGUUGUCAAAGUCUCGGUGGAACUCCAUGGACCAGUUGAGUUGUUGUUUCACGCCCUCAUUACCUCACCAUUCAGCCAAUGUACCCACGGCUCCAUUUGCGUCUAUUUCAAACUGCCCUUGGGACAACGACCCUUUUCCAUCCACCUCGGAGUCCCAGUCCCGACCUUGGGUAGGGGCAUCUGUCACGUUCCUCAAUGGUCCCUCCUCAACAUCCAAGACUGAUAUGGAACAAAGACUGAAACAUCUGAAUGAUCAAGUGGAUCAAGUGACUUUCAAAACGCAUCGAAUGCUCGACAAAUCACAUCAUCUCCAUUCCAAUUCUAAGGACUUGCGAAAUCAAGUGACAACAUUGCAAAAUGAUUUAGAAUUUAUGAAUAAAAGAUGGAAGUAAUGAACAAACCUUUGU